AUGGAUCCUCGAUCUUCUGGUGACUACGGAAAGUCAGAGCUGCACUCCUGCAUCUGCACCCCUUCUCAGCCCGCCAGCCGCACGUGCUCCACUUUAAAUGAUGAAGAAGAUGAAGAAAACGUGAUGAUUUACCUAAAACGCUUCAUGAUCUGGGUGACGUUUGCGAUCAAGCUGAUACUGUUCACGUCCCUCUGGGCGCUGAUGAUGUACUGGUUCCUGAUGAGCGGAGGGUAUGUGAACGUGAAUCCUCCACCAAUCAUCCUGCAGGACGAGUGGAACACUUACAUCGAGAAGAUGCAGCUGUUUAAAUUCCUGCCCAUAAACAAUACUUAUGAUACGGUGGAGUUCGAGAUACAAUUGCAAGGUCCGUUCGCCGACUCGAAUGUAUUCUUCAACUGCCAGUUUGAGAGGUUAUACUAUCACAAGGACAAGUACAAUAGCACAGAUGUCAGGAGAGACGACGCUGACGAUGUCGAGGUAGACCAUAGGAUAUAUGAAGACUCGUACUCUGCGGUGACCAGCACUACAACGAGGAGAACCAUGUCGUUUACGCAUACAACUCUUGUUUGGGGGUGGACCUGGGUAGUGAGAGUACAUUGGUUCAUUUUUUCUUUCACAAGAACUUAUUAUACGACAUCAAUGUUACCGACCACACGGACUAACACGAUGACCUGGUGGACAUUCACGACCAUAACAGCCAGGCUGACCCGGUACAACCUGUCCCGGCAUCCCAUGACGACGUUCACCAUACAAGAGCCAUACAACUUCGUGCCCUGGGGAAAUAUACGCGUGUACUCAUAUUCGUUCAGGAAUUUCAGAGCCGUUAGUGGCAGGCUGCACGGGCAUCGUCACUACGGCAAUAUGACGGCUGACAGCAACGUGACGGUCACCUACGGGUUCAGGUACAUGUUGAACAUGACGAAUAUGGGAGACUUCCUCAACAACUCUGCCCUGGACACCGUCGCCUUCGCCAUUCAGAUAACCAAGGGCAUGGGACGCACGUCGACCACGACGACGGCGGCGCCGCUGGUCGUGAUCAAACCGGCUGACGGGAUUAAGUACGGCUUCAUCAUUGUCGGACUUCUGCUCGUGCUGUUGUUUUUACAGGUAAGUGAUCAACAAUCAAAUCAAAUAGAAUAG